AUGAGACGCGAUAUAUUAAAUGAUGAAUUAGACCAGCUAACACACAGUUAUGAUUAUGGUAUUGUUCCAGGAUCAGCAACAGUAUUUGUCAAAGAUGAAUUAAACAAUCUUGCUAGAAUGGAUUUGACGCUAUUAGAAAACAUUAUAGUCGUAAUCGAGAUAUCCGAACAAGGAUACAAAAUACUGUCAUGCUCUCCAUUAUUAACCACGAUCGAUGCAUCAUCUUUACGAUUAGUACAAAAGAAUAUGCAAAUACCAUUUGAAACUAUGGACAAUCUUUUGAUGACAAUAUCACCUUUAUUCAGACAAAGAUUUCAAAAGAUACUUGAUGAAAGUUUAAAUCAUGUUCACAACAGUAACAAAAUACCAUCAUUUCACAAGGACCUGAAUGAAUGGAUCCAUUAA